CCCACAUCUCCAGCUUCUCUGCGACCUCAUUUUUCCUCUCUUCCUUCUACUUUGUCAACAGAGCGACUAAGGUUGUUUUUUUCUCUGUACAUCACAUUUGCGCAGUUUGUUCCCCGAUACGCUGCAACCACCAGCAACAUGGGUCAACCUUCGGAGCAGGCGUCCAAUGCCUGCAUCUACACUACCUACUGUGCCUUUUUAGUAUUCGGGUGUCUCAUCGCAUGGCAAUUGCGCCACCAGAGCAAAGGCGAAUAUCUUGCGAGUUUGCGAACACAGAAGGGCGUACCAUUGGCCCUUAACUUCAUCGCCUCGGCUCUAGGAUCCGGUAUUCUAUUCACAUACCCUCAGAUCUCCACGAUUGCAGGUGUCCAAGGCCUCGUGGUCUACAGUCUCGCAUCGGCACUUCCACUACUGGUAUUCGCGUGGCUCGGACCCAUCAUCAGGCGAAAAUGUCCAGAGGGAUUUGUCCUUACGGAAUGGACACGCCAACGCUAUGGACCGAUCGCAAGUCUUUAUCUCAGUGCCUUGACGCUGAUUACUAUAUUCCUGUACAUGGUCGCCGAGCUCUCUGCACUCCAGCAGAUCAUCAACGCUUUGACCGGGCUCGAUGGCAUCGGCGCCGUCAUCAUGGAAUGUGCUGUGACCACAAUCUACACAUCCAUUGGCGGCUUCAAAGUGUCCUUUAUCACCGACAAUGUCCAGGGCGCCAUGGUUCUUGGGCUCAUCAUCAUUGGAUGCAUCACCGUCGGUGUUGAAACACAUAUCUCACACGAUCUUAUCGAACGCAGCGGUUACCUCGACGCCAGUCUCCUCGGCUGGCAGCUCGUGUAUAUCCUGCCUGUGGCUAUCUUGACCAACGACUUCUUCAUUUCAGGUUUCUGGAUGCGUACUUUCGCAGCCAAAACCGACAGAGAUCUGUACAUUGGCGUGGGAAUUGCAACGGUAGCAGUUGCAAUCAUCCUGACCCUCGUCGGCGUCACAGGUCUUCUAGCAGGUUGGUCCGGUGCUCUGGGUGAUCCACCCCAGCAAUCAUCAAUUGCUUUCUUCCUGCUCCUAGAACAGCUACCCGCAUGGGUUGUCGGAAUCGUCAUUGUCAUGACGGUCGCCCUCUCCACCGCAGCCUUCGACUCCUUCCAGUCCGCCAUGGUUUCCACCGGGUCCAACGAUAUUUUCCGCAACAAAUUGAACUUCUGGUGGAUCCGUGCCGCAGUCGUGGUGAUCAUCUUUCCCGUCGUGGUCGUUGCGCUCAAGUCACCGUCCGUCCUGCAAAUCUAUCUCAUCUCAGACUUGAUCUCUGCAUCGAGCAUCCCUGUUUUGGUGAUUGGACUGAGCGAGCGCGCGUAUGCGUGGCGCGGGUUCGAGGUCGUCGUUGGUGGACUUGGUGGCAUUCUCACAGUAUUUCUAUUCGGCCUGGUCUACUACGACGGCAACGCUCAACAGGCUGCAAACCUUCUUCUUCUGGAGCAGGGUCUGUACGGCAACGACUGGUCCGCAUUCGGUGCGUUUGUGGCUGCUCCAGUCGGAGGUCUACUCUGGGCAUUUGCAGCGUUCGCGUGCAGAAUUGCCGUCCAGUGGAUUCUCGCGAAACGUCGCGGUACCCGUUUCGAUGCGUUCGAUAAGCCUGCUGCCCCGACUGCGACUUUCUAUACUGGUCCCCAUGAUACUGCUGAGGGAGAAAGGGAGGUGUACGCUGAUGCCGAGGGCGUGGAAAGGAGCUCAGUGAGCAUCAAGGGGAAGUUCUUCUGAGAGGAGCUUAGCGGGGGUAGUGGCAGAGAGGUCGACAAGAGGCUUGUGAGAGUGACUUACAAGUGGUAGGAAAGUUGCCAGGGAGUGGAAUGUCAUGGGAUCACAAAGAUGUGAUCACUGUCCUGCUUGGAAUACAGCAACGCUUGGGUCAUAUCUUGGUGCUCGAUGUUGGUGUUCUACAAUUAAUGGUAGAUCACUCCACGAAAAGAGAUGGGAUCGUGGAGGAAGGACCCGGAGAUGGAGAUGGGACAAAGAUAAUGCCGCUGAGGCCUGGCUCGCAGGAUGAGGCCUGGAGUCGUACAGCCAAUGAAGCCCUGCGAGCAUGCAACCUUUGGGAAAAGCAGUCAUUUACAGUCAUUCAUUACAGCUUAAUACAUUCAUUU